AUGUCGAACCGCUACGAGAGAGAAGCCGAAGACCGCUACGAGGCUGACAAUGACACUUCUCCUGUUUCUGGAACUGUCUACGACAACUCCUAUGCCCAUGAGACCCAGUCGGGACUGAGGGGACAGAUUCCCGUUCAGAAAGACGAAGAUAGCUAUGACGACCCCAUGCAGCCUCCCUAUUCCAACUCGGACCAACAGCUUGCCCAAGAUGAGAACGAGGCUAUCGAUCAGUCCAACAUCCUGCAGGGAAGCCGCCUGCGUCAUGCAAAGCCAUCGACAAGAAACGCCUACAACGAAGGUCCGGAUGAGGAUGAUUUGCCUGAAGAAGUGCUCUAUGGCAACUCCGGUGUGUCCAGCACUGGUGGCGUGGCUUGA